AAGGCGGUACUAAAUGUAGCCACGUGAUUGUGUACGCGCCCGCCGAGGAAGCUGGAAACGCGCUUGGUUAGUGGUGUGCUUCCUUAAGUUUAACAGUCGGUUCUUUUCUAUUUCUUCUCCUCAAGUUCCCAGAGAUGGAUGAUGAAGAAGAAACAUACAGGUUGUGGAAGAUUCGAAAGACAAUUAUGCAGCUGUGCCACGACCGUGGCUACCUUGUCACUCAGGAUGAGUUGGAUCAGACGUUGGAUGAGUUCAAGAUGCAAUUUGGAAAUAAGCCAAGCGAAGGCCACCCAAGGCGCACGGAUCUGACAGUAUUGGUAGCACACAAUGACGACCCCACUGAUCAGAUGUUUGUGUUCUUUCCUGAGGAACCAAAGGUUGGCAUCAAAACCAUUAAGAUGUACUGUCAACGCAUGCAAGAGGAGAACAUCACUCGUGCCAUCAUUGUGGUGCAGAUGGGAAUGACGCCUUCCGCCAAACAGUCACUGGUGGACAUGGCACCCAAAUACAUUUUGGAGCAAUUUCUACAGCAGGAGCUUCUUAUCAACAUUACUGAACAUGAGCUUGUUCCCGAGCAUAUUGUAAUGACCAAAGAGGAAGUCACUGAGUUGUUAGCACGAUACAAGCUCAAAGAGAGUCAGCUUCCUCGAAUUCAGGCUGGAGAUCCUGUUGCCCGAUACUUUGGGCUAAAAAGAGGACAGGUUGUGAAAAUCAUUCGACCGAGUGAGACUGCUGGGAGGUAUAUAACUUACAGACUUGUGCAGUAGGCUCUGAACUGAAUAUGGCAGUUGUAAUGUGUGAAGGGCAGCACCUGGACAAGCACAUUUUGGAAUUUUCUAAGCUCUAUUAGAUGAGAUUAAUAUGAGCUGUAAGUCACGGUUGAUGAUAUUUUGGUUAGUUUUAUAACUAAAGUAUACAGCAUCAUAGCUGCCUGGGCUGCAUUUAUUUAUUUUGUGUGUUUGUUUU